AUGGCCCCCGCAAAGUUCCUCAUUACAGGCUCAACCAGCGGCCUAGAUCCGGCAUCCCCUACACCUCCAUCCGCGAAGGCAUCUACGCAAGACGCCUUCCCCGUCUUCGCCUCCUGGUACCCGGACACAACCACCAUCUACAUCCCUACCGACUGCGCCAUCGCCUGGACCUCCCGCACCGAGCUCGGCGAAGCCAACGCAAAACUCAUGCUGCGUGACCCAGCCACCCUCCCAUCCCUCCUCCAAAAUAGCCACGACAACAACAUCGCCCUCCUCACGGGACCGCGCGCCUAUACCUUUGCAGAUCUCGCCGAGGCCCUCACGCGUGCCACGGGCAAGAAGGUAACUCUGCAGAAGAUCCCGCGGGAAGAGUAUGCGGCGCUCGUGGCGGCCGAGGACGCCAAGGAGGGCCAUGGCGGGAAAUCGGCGGAGUUCUUCGAGGUAUGGGGUACUUUGCUGGAUGCGGCGGCCCAGGGGGAGGCGGAGAUGGUGAGCCCGCUUAUGGGGGAACUGCUGGGCCGUCCGCCACGGGAUGGCUUGGGGUAUAUCGAGGAGCUGGUGAAGGAGGCGGCGCCGCGGGGCGGGUAUACGUGGCAUCAGAAUUAUGAUGUGGAGAGGGAGUAG